GUAAAUCACAGUCACAGCACAUUGCAACUGCAAUCCCACUUCGUGUCUCGCACACAAGCGGAGAAGCACGCGACAACCAAAAAGGCGCAAGUCUAUGCUGCUACUGCUGAUAACAGUACAUAGCCACGUAGAGUAGUGUAAAUCUACGCAGUCUACCUUAUUUGAGUAAUAAAUCUGAGGAAUUUCCUGCGAAUCUACUUUGAGACAAGCCUUGACUGCAUCAGAUAGACUACCGCAUUAAGGUUCUGACAUAAACGUAACGUCUUCGAGGAAAUGGAGUUGGAGCAUUUUGACGAGCGGGACAAAGCCCAGAGAGACAACCGUGGGGGUUCACGUCCGAACGGGUUGAGGAGUCCGACGCACAGCGCCCACUGCAGCCUCUACCGAACGCGUACCCUGAAAGCGCUGAGUUCGGAGAAGAAGGCGAAAAAGGUCCGCUUCUAUCGGAAUGGAGAUCGCUACUUCAACGGAAUUGUAUACGCCGUCUCCCAGGACAGAUUCAGAUCGUUCGAUGCUCUCCUGGCAGACCUAACCCGCGCUCUGUCUGACAAUGUCAACUUGCCGCAGGGGGUUCGGACCAUCUAUGCGAUCGAUGGCUCUAAAAAGAUCACCAGCAUAGAUCAGCUGGUGGAAGGUGAGAGCUAUGUGUGCAGCUCCAUAGAGCCUUUCAAAAAGCUUGACUACACCAAGAAUGUCAACCCCAACUGGUCAGUCAACGUGAAGUCCCCUGCAGCCUCCCGGGCACCCCCCUCCCUUGCCAGCACCAAGGUGGGACCCUCAGAGGCCAAGAACAAAGACUUCAUCCGGCCCAAGCUGGUGACCAUCAUCCGCAGCGGUGUCAAGCCACGCAAGGCUGUGCGGAUUCUGCUCAACAAGAAGACGGCCCACUCCUUUGAGCAAGUCCUGACCGACAUCACUGAUGCCAUCAAGCUAGACUCUGGGGUCGUCAAGAAAAUCUACACCCUGGAUGGGAAGCAGGUGACGUGCCUCCAGGAUUUCUUCGGAGACGACGACAUCUUCAUCGCGUGUGGCCCGGAGAAGUACCGAUACCAGGAUGACUUCCUCCUGGACGACAGCGAGUGCAGAGUGUUAAAGUCCACCACCUAUGGAAAGAUCUCCUUUCAGAACAGGGGCUCCCCCAGGAGUGCUGGAUCAACACGACGGAGCAAGUCCCCAGCCUCCACCCACUCAGUCAAUGGGACUCCGGGCAGCCAGUUGUCCACACCCCGGUCAGGGAAGUCACCCUGCCCUUCCCCCAGCAGUCCUGGGAGCCUCAGAAGAAGCCGGGAGUCCCAGCACAACGGCUCCUCUCUGUCUCUGGCCUCCACCAAAGUCUGCAGCUCCAUUGAGGAGGGGGAUGGGGCUGGAAGCGAAGCAGAGGUGAUGGAGGAGUACCCCCAGGUCCCAGCCACCAUAGCAGAAAGGUACAAAGUGGGAAGGACAAUCGGAGAUGGAAACUUUGCGGUGGUCCGGGAGUGUGUGGAGAGGUCCACUGGGAGGGAGUACGCUCUGAAAAUCAUCAACAAAGGCAAAUGCAGAGGGAAGGAACAUAUGAUCCAGAAUGAGGUGUCCAUCCUCAGACGGGUGAAACACCCCAACAUCGUGCUGUUGAUUGAGGAGAUGGAUACCUACAGCGAGCUGUACCUGGUCAUGGAGCUGGUGAAGGGGGGCGACCUCUUCGAUGCCAUUACCUCCACCAACAAGUACACGGAGCGUGAUGCAAGUGGCAUGCUCCACAACCUGGCCAAUGCCAUCAAGUACCUGCACAGCCUUAACAUCGUCCACCGGGACAUCAAACCAGAGAACCUGCUGGUUUACGAACACCAAGACGGUAGCAAGUCCCUCAAGCUUGGUGAUUUUGGCUUGGCCACUGUGGUGGAUGGGCCCCUUUACACUGUGUGCGGGACCCCCACAUAUGUAGCACCGGAAAUCAUCGCAGAGAGUGGAUAUGGCCUUAAGGUAGACAUCUGGGCAGCUGGAGUCAUCACAUAUAUACUGCUCUGUGGGUUCCCACCGUUCCGAGGGAGUAGCGAUGAUCAAGAAGUUCUCUUUGACCAGAUUCUGCUGGGACAGCUAGAUUUCCCUCUACCAUACUGGGACAAUGUUUCAGACAGCGCAAAGGAGCUGAUAACGUCGAUGCUGCAGGUGGAGGUCGAUCAGAGAUACACGGCUCUGCAGGUGUUGGAACAUCCAUGGGUCCACGACGGUGGCCUUUCAGAGAACGAGCACCAGCUGUCUGUAGCUGGCAAGAUCAAGAAGCACUUCAACACCAGUCCCAAACCUGACAGCACCACAGCUGGAGUGUCCGUCAUUUCGCUGGACCAUGGCUUUAGCAUCCAGAGAUCGGGGUCUUUGGACUACUACCAGAACCCAGGGAUGUACUGGAUAAGACCACCGCUCUUGAUAAGGAGGGGCAGGUUUUCGGACGAAGACGCCACCAGAAUGUGAGACCUUCGCUCCAGACACCGCACGACGGCCUUCCCCUCAACGACAGCCCCAGCCCCACCAACGCACCCGAGUCUGAGGACUAUUC